AUGUCAAGCACCACCGAGAGUAGAAAGAAAGUACGAUGGAGUAGUACGGUCAAGCCCUCGCCCGAGGAGGUCGAAGCCGAAAGGAAACGCUCCCGUGAAGUGGCCAUCGAAGCACUCGAAGCGACACCGAGACCUAGCUGGGUGUGUUAUGAUAUGGUGUACGGAUAUCCCGUGACGAGUGAAUGGGUUGAGAAGGCUGCAAAAGAGAAAGGCGUGAAGACGGAUGAUUUCAGGCGUUGUGCGGACUGCGUCCUGACUAUAUUGCGGAGAAAGUCUCGCAUCAAUGAGCUUGAACUCUGCGCUCCGAAGAUGUAUGCAACGCCCCCGGACUUUGACAAUUGGCUUAUCACCUUCGGCGCUGACCACCACCUCCAACAACAGGGGCGGUGGCCCACGCUUGCUCAAAUCGAGAAGGUACGGAAGUUGAUCCGCGGAGAAGGGAGGCCUAUCUGGGUACCUGUGGCUGGGGGCUGGAUUAGCAUAUGA